AUGGCGGAAGGAGCUCUGUUCGACGUUGCUAAGGGAAUCAUCGGGAUAGCGGGCAAACUAGCACUCCAAGAGGUUGCGCUUAUCUGGGGUGUCAAAGACGAGAUCAACAAACUGAAGGAGGCGGUUUCCAAAAUCAGUGCUGUGAUUUUGGAUGCAGAGGCGAAGCAACACGACAGUGAAGUGGUCAAACUGUGGCUGAAACGGCUUAAGGAUGCCAUGUGUGAUGCGGAUGACUUGCUGGAUGAAAUCUCCACUGAGGGCUUGCAACGGGAAGUGAUGACCCGGGACAAGAAGGCCAAAGAGGUACGCAUCUUCUUUUCCAAAUCUAACCAGCUUGCAUAUGGUGUUAGAAUGGGUCAUAAGGUUAAGGAGAUGAGGGAGAGGCUAGUUGCUAUAGCUGCGGACAGGCAGUUUCACUUGGAUGAACGUCGUGAGGAGAUACAAGUCAGGAAUGAGUCAAGACGGCAGACUCAUUCCCUUGCAAGUGCUGAAGAUGUUAUUGGGAGGGAGGAGGAUAAGAAGGCCAUCAUUGGAUCUCUGUUGGAUCCCAAUGUUAAGGAGAAUGUUUCUGUCCUUCCGAUAGUUGGUAUCGGAGGACUAGGAAAGACCACAGUUGCUCAACUUGUCUUCAAUGAUAAAGAACUCAAAGACCAUUUUGAGCCAAAAGUGUGGGUGUGUGUCUCUGAGAAUUUUGAUGUGAAAAUAAUUGUUCAGAAAAUCUUGGAGUGUGUAAAAAAUGGGAAACUAGCAAAAGACCUUGAAAUGAACACGUUAGUCAAUGAUGUUCAUAAAGAAAUUAAUGGAAAAAGAUACUUGAUUGUGUUGGAUGAUGUGUGGAAUGAGGAGCGUGAAAAAUGGUUUAGUUUGAAAAAAAUUUUGAUGGGUGGCGCAAGAGGCAGUAGAAUAGUUGUGACUACACGUAGUCAAAUAGUGGCAAAGAUUUCACAGCCUAUUCAACCACAUGUGUUACAGGGUUUAGAUAAACAACAUGCUUGGUCUUUAUUUAUGAAGAUAGCGUUCAACGAGGGGCAAGAACCGAAGAAUGCAAGUUUUGUAAAUAUUGUGGAGGAGAUUUUGAAGAAAUGUGCGGGGAUUCCGCUUGCUAUAAGAACAAUAGGAGGUCUGGUAAAUUCUAAAGAAUUCACAAUAGAGUGGUUAUCAUUCAUAAACAAAGAACUUUCAAAAAUACCUCAGAAUGAAGAUGACAUUUUACCAACACUAAAGGUGAGUUACAAUCAUCUCCCGUCACACUUGAAGCAAUGCUUUGCUUAUUGUAGUCUAUUUCCAAAGGAUUUAGAGAUUAACAAGUCAAGUUUGAUUAAUAUGUGGAUGGCGCAAGGGUUCAUCACGUUGUAUGACGAAAAACAAUGUUCAAAAGAUGUUGGUCAUGAGUAUUUUAUGGAUUUGCUUUGGAGAUCAUUCUUUCAAGAAGUUGAAAAAGAUAAACUUGGCAAUAUUUCAAAAUUCAAAAUACAUGAUCUCAUGCAUGAUAUAGCAAUACAAGUAACGGGAUCAGAGAGCACCACCAUUUAUUCAAAAGAGAAAGACAUUGACGAGAAAACUCGGCAUGUGUCAUUUGGGGAUAUAUUGCACUCAUCAUCGGAGAUUCCAAUCUCAUUAUCCAAAGCAAGAAGGAUAAGAACAUUUCUUUUGCCAUGUCAACCAUGUCAACCAGAAGGAAGGUAUGAAACCAUGAAAUCAAAUGAUUCAAUUUCUAGUGAAAUUAUUGCAGGUUUUAAGUUCAUACGCUUGUUGGAUAUGCAUGACAUGGGGAUUAAAACAAUUCCAAGUUCUAUCAAAAAGUUGAAGCAUCUAAGAUAUCUUAAUCUUUCUUGGAAUGGAGAUAUUGAGAUGCUUCCUAAUUCUAUUGUCAAGUUGUACAAUCUGCAAACACUUAAACUCUCUAGCUGUUUUGGACUUAAAGAAUUGCCAAGAGAUAUUAACAAAUUAGUCAACCUCAGGUUUCUUGAGAUUGAUGGGUGUUCGGGUUUGACUCAUAUGCCAAAUGGAUUGGGCCAAUUGACUAAUCUACAAACAUUGUCAAGAUUUGUGAUGAGUAAGGGUAGGAUUGAUUCAGUGCCUAAGAGUUAUGGUGGAUUGAAGGAACUUGACAAGCUAAAUGAGCUAAGAGGAAAUCUCUCAAUUGAAAAUCUCAAACACGAAAAAGAUGCCGCAUUAGAGUAUAAGGAUGCAAAUUUGAAAGAGAAACAACGUCUUGAUAGUUUGCACUUAAAUUGGGUAUACGAGGCCAUUGAUGAGACAGGUGCCGGUUAUGAUUACAUGUCAUUGGAAGCCUUGCAACCACAUAUAAAUCUCAAAGCACUGAGUUUAGAGCACUUGAACUUGAAGCAGUCAUGGGAGAGGAUGAUGAUAAACAACAAGACUUCAGGGAAUCUACCAUCAAUCGCUUCUUCUUCUUCUUCUCCUUCUAGAAUUGUUGCCCCUCUCUCCAAAUUAAGUUACAUGGAACUAUAUGAAAUAGAAGAAGCUUUGCCAGAGGAGUGCCUACGAAAUCUCAUUUCUCUCCGUACUCUACAGCUACACAAAUGUCCUCUUCCUCAAGGCAUUCGAUAUCUUACGGCACUUCAAAAUCUGAGUGUUUGGUACUCUGAGGUGGUUGAUUUAUCCAAUGAUUGGGAUGAGAUGGAUUGGCAAGGACUUAGGACCCUUCUCUCUUUGAAAUUCUAUGGACUUCCGAAGUUGGUCUCUCUCCCAACGGGGCUUCAAUAUGUCAGCUCUCUACAAUUUCUCAGCAUUUCGUACUGUCGUAGUUUGAUAGCUAUACCGGAGUGGAUCAGCAAACUUAUAUCUCUUCAGAAUCUUUCAAUUUCGGAUUGCCCUAAAUUGGAAUCAUUGCCAGAAGGAUUCGGUGCCCUGAAUUUGCAAACACUAUACAUUGGAGGAUGUCCCAUCUUACAGAAAAGAUGCAAGAAGCAAAUCGGGGAAGAUUGGCAUAAAAUUUCUCACAUUCCCAAUUUGAAAGGAGAUUUUAUUAAAUUCCAUCUUUGGAUUUUCAACCGGGUUGAUGUGGUGAAGUAUUUGAUUUCCCAUUGUGUAACAGAGUCAAAAUUGGCAAAAGAAAUAUUGCAAUCAAGACGGUUCCUUUUUUUUAAGCUAUUUUUCCUAUGGAUAGUAGAAGUCAAAGAGAAGGAACUCAAAGCCGCCGGCGCUGAACCCUUGCCCAACGGCUGCCACGGUCUCCGCAUCCAUGGCUGGGAGAUCGAAACUCACAAGCCCUCCAUUCUCACCUCCUCCAACCUCCAGCUGUGGGAAGAAAAGUUUCAAACUUCUCUCUUGCCAGAGAUGGUUUUCAGGGAGGGUUGUUUAGUUCUUAAACAUGUGGAUAGUGGCACCAAAAUUCAUUUCAAUGCAUUCAAUGCUCUAACUGGCUGGAAGCAGGAGGCCUUAUGUCCAAUUGAGGUCCCUGCAGCAGCAAAGUGGAAAUUCAGAAGGAGAAGACAUUGAUGAGGCGAGUGUUAGUUGCGAUGAGAUGUCACUGGAAGUCUUGCAACCAUAUAUAAAUCUCAAAGCACUGCGUUUAAAGUUCUAUGAGGAGUGAGAUUUCCACUUUGGCUUAUGUUGCUCAAAAAUCUUGUCCAAUUUAAAUUAUAUUUAUGUAAAAAUUGCCAAUAUCUACCAUCAAUCGCUGCUUCUUCUUCUUCUUCCUCUCCGUCUUCUUCUUCUUUUACAAUUGUUGCCCCUCUCUUCAAAUUAAGUUACAUGUGUAUACAGAAAUGGAAGAAGCUUUGCCAAAGGAGUACCUUUGAAAUCUCAUUUCUCUCCGUACUCUAUAUCUAAUCAAAUG